AGCAGCUCGAUGUGUCUGUCUAUCAGUUGAGACUGUCUGAAAGCUCUGGGAUCUGAAUGUGUGCUAUAUUUCAGUGAAAAGAGAAGAGAGGAAGAGUGGAUCUCUUUCUCUCCCAGGAGUUUAAACGAGGGGGGGGGGGACAGUUCACGUUAAUCUCUCCCACUCUGUGAAUGUCUCUGCUUCUCUCUCUCCCCCCACCCCCGCCCUUUCAACACACUCUCUGGGGGUUGCCUGGUUUGGGGGCUUUUGUUUGUUUUCUGUUGCAGAUCAAGAUCAACUAAAAAAAAUAUUCCAUGUUAAAAACGUGUUCGCAUUAUACUAGUAUCAGAAGAAGCUGCGAUCUUUGGAAGGAAAAAGAGAGAGAGGGGAAGCGAGGCAGAAAAGUAGUCCUCUCCGAUGGUGCCACUGUUUGAUCUGUGACUCUCUGGAAGGUGGAGGAGUGACUGACAUUUCCCAUCCGGUGUUAUCUGUAUGUAUGGGGGCUUUACGCCUCUUUUUUUUCUGUUUGCUUUCUUGCUCAGACUAAGUGAUGGGAGGAGAAGGGAAGACCGGAUCGACCUCGUUUUCUGCACAAUGAAAAAGCUAUUAUCGGCGCGAUAAAAACCACCAUCGCCAAAAUCCACGAGCUUUUCUGAAACAAGCCAGAGAGCGAGAAAGUUGCGCUUUGAGACUCUUUGAUCUUGGAGAAAGGCUUGCGCGCGGAGCGGAGCGGGGGGGGGGGUGGAGGCGAGUGAAGCGGAGGAAGAGCGCCUGAAUCCACCACCAUCUCCUCGUUUGCUGUGUUUUGCUCCACUCUCUGCCAAGGCGAAGAAGCAGAAGAAGUAAUCAAGGAAGGGUGGAGGGAAGAAGAAGAAGGGGCAAAGGAGGAGGAGGAAAAGAGACCGGAUCAAGCAAACGGAUUUGAGCUGCACGUCGCCGGAGCCAGCCAGCCUCUUCAUCUUGUCCAUCUCCCUGCCGCUUGCAUCUUCGACCGAGGGACCCGAGGCGCGAGGGAAGAGCGAGCGAGCGAGAGCUUUGUUUUGCGUAUCGAAGUAACUUUUCCCUCCCUUCCUCCAAAAGAAGAAGAAAAGAAGCCGCUGGAAAGACGGGAGGAGGAGGAGGGCGAGAAGGGUGUGUGCGCGCGCCUGUGUGUGGACGGGGGGAUCGGAAGGUCAGAAACCAACCUUGUCAAUGAAAACAUUGCCUCAGCGAGUUUUUUGGAGCGGCGGCGGCAACUGGCAUCACCGUGCCCAGCCUGGGGGCCGCCGCAUCCCACCACCACCACCACCAAGCCCACCACCGCCGUCACCUGCCCCCGCUCGGCAGCCUCUGCUCCUCCGCGGCGCCGCGAGGAGCUGCCCGGAGAGAAGGACGCGAGGGGAGCCUCCAGCGCCGAGCGGAGACCCCGCGCAAACUUUUUUUGCCCCCUCCCUCCUUCCCUUCCCCACCUUGCACUCUCCCCUGAGCGGAACCCGAAGUUGAGGGAGCCCGUUUGCCGGCCCCCCACCUCCGUCCCCUCCCUCCCCCCUUCCUCCCCUCCAUCCUUCUCCCUCCCCCCCUUUUUAUUAGUGUUUUGUGUAUGUUUGUUUCUGCAUGAAAAGAGUGGGGAUUGCAAGAGUCCUGUGCGGAAACUCUCCAGCGGCGGCGGCAGCGGCGGAGGGAGGAGGAGGAGGAGGAGGCGGCGGUGGUGGCGGCGGCGGAGGAGGAGGAGGGCGGCUGAAGAGACGGCGGCAACACCAGCAUGCCGAGGAGAAAGCAGCAAGCUCCCCGGCGCUCUGCAGCUUAUGUUCCUGAGGAAGAACUGAAAGCAGCAGAGAUUGAUGAAGACAGCGUGGAGGAUGACGGACUACCUCUGGACAUCCAGGAAACUGACUACAUGUGCAAUGAUGAAACGGAGAUCAAAGAGGCUCAAAGUUACCAGAACUCUCCAGUCAGCACAGCAACGAAUCAGGACGCAGGUUAUGGGUCGCCAUUCAGCGAAAACAGUGACCAACUGGCUCAUUUCAAAAGCACUUCCUCCAAAGAAGAGAGAGAAGAUCACCAAUGCUUGGACAAUGCUUCCUAUCCACAGGACAGCUUGGCACAAAUAAAAGCUGUCUAUGCAAAUUUACUAUCGGAGUCUUGCUGGUCUAGUUUAGCUUUGGAUUUAAAAAAAUCAAAGAGUAAUGAAAAUAGCCAGAAGGAAAAUACCACUAAUAGCAACUCUACUAUCACUACCCCAAGUACCAAUACUAGUACUAGUACCAGUACCAGUACCAACACUAGUAUCACUACAAGUAUCAGUAGUACUAAUAACAGUAACAAUAACAGUGGUGGCUCAGGUUAUGACUGGCAUCAAGCGGCAUUAGCCAAAAACUCUGCAGCAGACCUCAUACGGACUUCUCCCAGAACCUAG